GGUCGACGAUGCGGGACGUUACCAAGAUGGCCGAGCUGAAGUUUGAAGCUCCCUUGGCGCAGUUCGAGGAGACGGACGAGUGGGGAGUGACCGAGUUCCACCACAGCAAGCCGACUGUGGAGGACAACGUGCUCGAGGAGGAUGCAAACUCCAACCCCAUCUCUCCGGAGAUGACGUCCGAACUGGAGUUGGACAACGCUCCCUGCGUCACGCUGGACACGGCGUCCGUGUCGUCCGUCGCGGACAACUUCACCGAGACGUUCUCUGGGAGUCUGGAGGAUCUGGUGAACACGUUCGACGACAAGAUCACCAAGUGUUUCUGCAACUAUGAUGAGAGUGUGGAGAAAUUGGCUCCGGUGCAGGUCCGCUCGCAGGAGGAGAUCAUGAACGAGUGCCAAAUGUGGUGGACAAUUACUGGGAACUUCGGCAACAUUCUUCCAAUAGAUUGGUCAAAGUCCUAUGCCAGGAAAAUGCACAUGCCAACGCUAAAUUUAAACGAACACAAGGACAAGACCCUACUAGACGAGGGAGAGCUGAGUUCAGAGGACGAGGCCGUAGCUAGUGACCUGGACAUGCAUUCUCUCAUCCUGAGUGGACUCAACCCAGACGCCGAGCCUGUCAAGACAGCCGAGGAAGUCAUCAAGGAGAUUGACGAUAUCAUGGAGGAGACGACUUCUGCUGAAUGUACCCCAGACUCAGAAGUAGCCGAUGAUCUACAAAGGAAGGCAAAGGAAGUUCUUCACUCUCCUUUAUAUGAAGACAAAUUGAAAACUCUAAGUGUCUGUCAACUGAAUGACUUGUACUUGGAACUCGAGCUCCUGAUUCGAGACUAUUCAGAGACACUGAUCGCAGAACUCGCUCUAAGAGAUGAACUCGAGUUUGAGAAGGAACUCAAGAACUCGUUCAUCUCCCUGCUCCUGGCAGUCCAGAACCGCAGGAGACAGCAUCAUGUGGAGAAGAAGCGAGGAAGGAUCGGAAACAACAAACCAGUCGGAACAGAGUCAAAGUACCUGACCACAGUGAUACCAUACCACUUGGAUAGCGGUCCUCUUGACAACCAAGCACUUCAAGUUCUCAUCAAAAUCCUGAAAGCCAUCAACGAAGACAGCCCCACUGUACCGACUCUGCUUACUGACUACAUCCUGAAAGUGUUAUGUCCUACGUAGACUUAGCGGGCAGCUUCGUAGGAUCGCUUGAACCUGGCAGCUAAGCUGCCUAUAGACUCUACACGCUUGCAACUUGGAAGAAGACAUCUUUUCAUUGUUUUUAAAUAAAGUACUGUAUAUUUUGUUGGAAUAUUGUAGAUUUAAAAUACAAUUUUUAUGACAAAUAGAUUUUUUAGGGGCCAAAAGUAAAUAGUGCAUUGACUGCUGGAAAUUACUUAUUAAAUUGUUUUGUGCCAUGUUUUUAUAAUUUAGUUUUUAGUAAAAUUUAAGUUACCUGCAUACACGAAUUACUAGAACUACUAAGCCACGAAGAACUUAAUUUAGUUAAUUGAGUGUGAAAGGGUUAAAAUUCUGUUUUGGCUGUACAGUAUUCACUAUUCUGUGUGACUUAAUGUCCUAUACUUGUGAAUUACUUUUCAAAACAUAAUUGUGAUGUUUAGAAUUUUUAGCGAAAAAGAUUACCAUUUCAUAUAAUUACUAAAAUAUAACCGAUUAAUGUAGCUAGGUAAUUCAUCAUCAUUAAUGUAACAUUUCAUGGACAUCAUAACUAAAAUUAAUCUUUAACUUAAUUAAUUGAGGAUUUUAUUUUGUAGGUUUAUUGGUCGUUAAUUAUGUGAUAACAUUUCGCAAAACAUUCCAUUUUCUCAGUUCAUGAAUUUUGUCUUCUUCUGAUUUUGUGCAAUUUACAAGAAAAUAUAGAAACAUCUGAACUAUUACAUCUACUUAUUCUUUUAUUUAUUUAAAUUAUUAGAUCUCUGUAUAUUUUGGUACAAAUGUUAGCACCAUUGUAAAUAUUCUGUAUUUAAUUUUAUCAUUUUAAUUUAUUAGGGAAGGCACUGUAUAUAUAACCCUGGCCUUUAAGCUUUUGUUAAACCACUAAUAAAUCUUACUUUGAAAUAUUUUUUGGCAAAACGUAAAUUUUCAGUUUUAUAGAAAAGUAUUUUUGACAAAAAAAUUGUGAUCGUUGUGACUGUCUGUCUCCUUAUGGAAUCGGAAAUGCUUUUAUUGUCUCGCCUUUCAUUGUACAUUACGGUUUAGUAAAGCUUUUGCGUAAGUUAUUUGUAAUCAUGUAUAUAAAUAGCAAUAGAUGUGAUAACUAAGACACUUUUAUUCUUCUUACUUACAAUCAUUACUUGUGCAGUUAUCAGCAAUAAUUUCUUCCAAGGCACCUGAAUAAUCUUCCAACUUUAUCCCAUAGUUUUAGAUAUUUUACAGCUGGGAUAUUCUUUGGGAACAGCAAUAGAAAUCAUUAGAGCUGAAAGAUUGAAAAAUGUGUUUAUCCAGGUUUUUAAAUUUAUACUUUUUCCUUUUAAGUGCUAUUCAUUAUAUAACAGAUUAAUUUAAAGAACUUUUCAAAGCAAGUUUGUUAAAGGGUAGAACAAUCCUUGAAAUCUUUAGCUCUGUUGUAUGUAUACAUCCACCAUUAUAAAUGUGUUUCUUGUAAAAUGUGAUAUGAUUUAAUUUUGUAAAUCUCCGUUGUUUUGUAUAUAUUUUUGUAGUUAGUCGUUUUUAAUAUUUUACCAGGAUUUUGUAUUUUAAUGGUUGUUUUAUUAUUAAUGUUACAAACGAAUGAUGUUUAGGAUCUAAAAUUCUCAUCUUAAAAUAUAAUUUUGAAAACAACUUAUUAUGGUUUGCAAACUUAGCACAAACCGGAAUGCAUUAUUUUAUCUUUCUACUGUGUUAUUUUUGAUUGUGGUAUAAGAUUUUGGAAUAAUUCUGGAAUAAGAAUAAACGUUUUAAAUAUUUUUUCAAGGAAGAUACAUUUAAAUUCGGCUGUCACAAAACACACAUUCACAAUUAAUUCGAUACAAGCACCAUUGCAUUUGAAAAUUAUUAAAAUCUUUGGACCGAGUGCUUCAUAAAACAUGUCUGUAAGUUUAUUGAAUAUUUCAAGAAAAUUUACUCUAAAUUUAAUAAAAUAAUUUUUUUUUGUUUCCCUUGAUUAUUCUAAGAGUAUUAUUAAAAUACCACUGAUAAAGUUUACUUUAAAAGGCAAUUUUUGUAGCUAUUUUUUUACCUAAAUUAUAACAUCUUGCCCAAAUAUACCUCUUGUUGUAUACCUUAUAAAUGUUCCUUCUGCUUGUGUUUAAAAGUUUGUUUACUCAAGAAAAUCUAGUCUAUUGUGUUUUGUAAAUAGCAUUUUAGGUCAUAAAUAAAACUGUUAUAUCACCAA